AUGGCUGAGAAACCUCCCAUCGAGGGCCUAUGCCCCCCGAAGGCGAACAGCCUGUCGGCUGGCGACAGCGACUCUUCUCGAACAGACGUUGCGAGCGACUACGAGCUGACUGGAAUUCCACUAGUCCUGGUCAUCACUGGACUUUCUCUUUCUAUAUUUCUCAUGUCACUAGACUCCUCCAUCAUUUCCACGGCUAUUCCUCGGAUCACGUCAGAAUUCAACAGCACCGGCGAUAUUGGCUGGUAUGGAAGUGCAUACUCAUUUGCGAUGUGCGCUUUGCAGCCUAUCGCAGGUAAACUGUUUGGAAGCUUCCCUAUGAAGGUCAUGUUCCUCGGAAGUCUUGGUAUAUUCGAGCUUGGCUCAUUGCUUUGCGCCCUUGCUGUCAACAGUCCCAUGCUCAUCGUCAGCCGUGCUAUAGCCGGAAUUGGAGCAGCAGGAUGCUUUACAGGAGCCUUCUGUAUUGUUGCGGUUUCUAGUCCGCUCGUCAAGCGACCCUUUUAUAUCGGAAUCCUUCAGUCAACCUUUGGCAUUGCCACAAUCAUCGGACCUGUACUAGGUGGUGCAUUCACAGAGCAUGCCACUUGGCGCUGGUGUUUCUGGAUCAAUCUCCCUAUCGGUGCUGUCACCAUACUCUCACUACUCUUCUUCUUCAAGCCGCCUACCCGUGACUCGAUCAAGGGUCCGACCGUUCUUCGCAGAUUGCAAAAUCUGGACUUGCUAGGCGCUGUUCUAUUCGCUCCCGCCAUCAUCAUGAUAUUCCUGGCUCUGCAAUGGGGAGGCACCGAAUACGCUUGGAAGAGUGCUACCAUCAUUGGUCUCUUCAUUGGAGGCGCCGGUCUCGGUGUUGCCUUUGCUCUCUGGCAAAUACGAAAGGGUGACUGUGCUAUGAUUCCGCCGCGUCUGAUUAGUGAGCGUACGAUGUUCUUCUCCUGUUUCAGCGAAUUCUUCGCCAUGGGCGCUGUCUACAUUUCGAUCUACUAUCUUCCCGAGUGGUUCCAGGUCAUCAAAGGUGCCUCGCCAACGAAGUCUGGACUCAUGUACCUUCCUCUCGCGCUUUCCGAUGUUCUCUCUGCAACCCUGACAGGUGCCUCACUCAAGUACCUCGGAUAUCCUAAUCCCUAUAUGCUCCUUGGCACGGGCUUGAUGAGCAUAGCAACGGGACUCUUCUCUACCUUCUCUCUAAUCACUUCCCACCAACACUGGAUCCCAUUCCAAGUCCUCCAGGGUCUCGGAGUGGGAAUGACCCUCUCAAUGCCCUAUGUUGCGACACAAACAGUUCUUAAGCCCGAAGAUAUUCCUGUCGGUACCUCAAUACUGCAAUGCUUCCAAUUCUUCGGUGCUUCUGUGAACCUCGCCAUCGCGGAGGCUAUCUUUGAUAACAAACUUAACUCGCGAUUGGCCAGUUGGGGAUUUGGCAGCGAUGAGGUCGAUGAAAUUAUCAGUGCAGGCUCUGCCGAAGCAAGAAGCGUCGUUUCUGCGACACACCUUCCAGGCGUGUUAGAUUCAUACAACCACGCGAUCACCACAGCGUUUUACGUCGCAACCAGUGUUGCCGCCAUUGCAUUCCUCCUUUCACUUGGAAUCCGUUGGAGAAGUGUCAAGCCAAAACCGCAGCCUGAUAUUCCUGAUGAGGAAGCGAAGUCAUCAAGUCGAUAG